AUGGGCGGGAGUUCAAAUGUCUUAAGCUGGUUUUGGCCACUUGCAAGAACACCAGACCGUAGUACAGGGCUGGAAUACGAGGUCAAUGGAUUCGAAGAUUUCCAUGUCUCGUGGCCGCCACCGGAUCCAGAUCGUAUUCCUCUGCCACCCAGAGACGUCAGCGAUGGUGUUGCCUUCACUGGCGCCGAAGGCUCCAGCUAUGAUGUCCAGGCAUUUAAACAAAGAAAGGCAGAGGACCUUAGACGCCAAGCGGGGUUGGAAAUCGAGCGCCGUAAGCGUUUCCAUCAACGGCUGGCGGAAAAUUCAGAGGAUGAGUCGCAACAAUCCGAUGGUCCCAAUGAAAAGGGAUCCGACUAUGGUGAAGAAGGUUGGAGAAACUCAGAAGGUGAACGGCUACGUGAUUUCGGCGUCGACGAAGAUAUUGAAUUCUAUGACGAAGAAGACCUUCCUCUGGGCGUACUGAUCCAACGGAGAGCCCAGGCUGCCCUCAAGGAGCUGAAAUGA